CGCAGAACAGCAGCCGAGCCACACAAAAGCGACGCCGACGCCGGCGACUCGACACGUCACACAGCAGCCACGCGCCGACUUCACCGCCCUGACCUGAUUGGUAAACGGCCGAGCACAGCUAGCAGAGAUGAGGAGCCUGUACUGCAGCUUGCUGGCGCUGAUGAUGCUGACGUCUUGCGCCCGGGCGGUCGUCUUCACGAGGUGCGAGCUGUACCACGAGCUGCUGCAGAGGGACUUCCCCGAGGACCAGCUGCCAGACUGGGUGUGCCUGGUGGAGAACGAGAGUGCCCGCAACACGUCAGCGCUGAGUCCCAUCAACACCAAUGGCAGCCAGGACUUCGGACUUUUCCAGAUCAACAACCGCUACUGGUGCGACAGUUGGAAUGGUACUGAGGGAUCCUGUCACGUUGCUUGCAAAGACCUGCUGGACGACGACAUAGACGACGAUUGCGAGUGCGCACACCUCAUCUACUCGCGGCAGGGCUUCAACGCGUGUUACGGCUGGAUCAACCGCUGCAAGGACAAACCUCUGCCAGAUCUUUCAAACUGCUGACGCUCGCUGCCGUCCACCUCAAUACAAACCGGUACCGCGUGGGAUGGCAACAAGGAGAAGAACGCACUCAACUCCUGGCAACAGUCACCCUAGAUUACAAGCAACGCCAUCGAACACCUCGAAUGUAACGACCUACCGGCAGUCUUGCAUCUUCCUGUAUUUCUCUUAUAUGUGCACUUCCUCUUCCACUGAAGAGUUCUAACUAUUGAUUCAAGUAUGAAGUUGUCGGGAUAUGAGCGCCUGUGCUUCUUCCCAUCAAAACCAGCAUUACUACUUCGACACUGUAAAGACGCUGGAAAACCUAUACUCUCAGAAGUUUCAGUACACAGUGUGUACAGUAACUGGACUUUCCAAAUCAUGUUACGAGUUACUGCACGAACGGACUUAAAAUAUUGAUUGCCUUAUUUUAGAUACAAAAUUUCUGUGAAUGUAUAUAGAUCAAAAUUAUCAGCUUGGAGAUGAGUAAUGAUUCGAGGAAUGAGCACUUCAUAAGUAAUAAAUUAAUGUCCUUGAUAUGUUGUAGUAAUUCUGUGAAUGCAACUUACACCUUGUCGUAUAUUUUCAUCCUUUUUUACUUAAUUACCGAUAUUAUGUCGCAGCUGAAGACCAUACCAAACGCACAAUUGCACUCGACACCAGCAGAUAUUGUAAUAGAAUAUCAGAUACCGGUAUUUCAACAGUAUAGCUUACGUGAAAAUAAUUUCCUAGAUACCAACACAACAAAACAAUGUUUGAGAGCAAGUAGCAUGGCGCUCAAGACCAAUGAUGUAUGUCUGGAAGUUAAAGAUAGUUCAUUUAUUUUUUUGUACUUGUAUCAGUUUAUAUUUCCAUGACAUUCUGGGGCUGUGAAUUUUACUUUUUAUAGACGCAGCUGUUUUGCAUGUAUCACACUCAGAAAUUGGUGUAUUGACUGUGUAAAUAGCUUCUAUUUUGUU